UCUUACCAAACCCUCUCUUCUCCACAGCUUGAUCGUGCGAAUCACUUUCGAUCGUCGUCGUCAUUGGUGUUGCUUGGAUCUCUGUCAUCAUCGACUUCUUCUGGUUGGCUUGGGGUUCAUCGUCGUGGGUGUUCUCUGGUUAUUUUUCGUUGUUGCGUAGGCGUUCUCCAGUUGUUUUUCUUCGUCGCGUGGGUGUUUUCUGGUUGGUUUUCGUCGUUGCGUGGGCAUUGUUCUUCCGGUGUUUGUUCGUCGUGGUUAUUCUUCCGGUGGGUCAGCUCGACGUUCGUCCAGCUUAUUCUGAUCAUGGAGGUGGGUUGUCGGCAUGGAUCUAUAGAUUCAAUUGUGGGUUUUUCCGAUCCGAUCGUCUAUUUGCCCGAUCUACUCGUGGGUCUUCCAAUCCAGUUGUCGACGUUGUAUUUUUGUCAGAUCCGCCGUCUCAACUCUGUCAGAUCUGCCAUCACUACUUUCCCAGUCUAUGUUAGUGCUUCUAACUUACUCAGUAGCUUUGCUGUUUUUAAGGUUAUGACCAUUCUUUCUGCUCUGGUUGGCUGGGCUGCACCAAAUUUGUGGAUUAAACACAUGGCAAGCCAAGGACGAUCUCCAACACUAUCGAUCUUCUCCAAAAUGGAAACCUGUAAAGCUCAAUACAAAAAAUGAAUAUACCCAAAGAGAGAUUGAUGUAAUUCGAACCCAAUGGGCAAGUUUUGUUAGCCGAUUUGUGUAAGGAUGUAAUUCUUAUUUUUUUGUCUCAAUAGAAUGUAAAUGCUAGCUUAGAAUGAAUGCAAAUUUAUCUAACCAUGAUCUGUUUAUUGAAAGAUUUAUGUAUAAUAUUGUUGUGUU